CGGGCUCCGGGCGGAGAUGGCUGAGCUGGGUCGGGUGAGGCUGCGCGACCCCAGGGCGUUGCUGCCGGCGGGGUUCUGGGCCGCCGUGGCCGUGUGGCUGGAGAGGCCGCACGUGGCCAACAAGCGGCUGUGCGGUGCCCGCCUGGAGGCUCGCGGGAGUGCCGUCCUGCCCCGCGCUGAGCCGGGGGAGCGGGGCCCGGAGGCCGGCGGACCCCAGCGGGGACAGGGACCGCAGCCGGAGGAACGGGGCUCGGAGGGACGCGGACCCCAGCGGGGACAGGGACCGCAGCCGGAGGAACGGGGCCCGGAGGCCGGCGGACCCCAGCGGGGACAGGGACCGCAGCCGGAAGAACGGGGCCCGGAGGUCGGCGGACCCCAGCGGGGACAGGGACCGCAGCCGGAGGAGCGGGGCGCGGGAGAGCGGGGAUUGGGAUCCACGGCGGGCCCCGAAGGCGACGCUCCGGCCGCAAACCUGGACGCGCUGUGGGACCGGCUUUCUCGCCUGGCGCUCGGCCGCCCGGAGGUGCUGGCCUUCCUGCUGGGCCCCGCCGCGGAGCCUCAGCCCGCAGCACAGCGGGAGCUCGUCCUGGUGCUCAGGACGGUCAUCCCGAAAGCGAGCCCUCACUGCCGGUUUACGGCGCCGAGGAGAGAGGUAGUGGUGCAAGAUGUCCCCAGUGGAACUGUUACCUUUUUGCCUUUGGAGGAAGAUGCUGAGGGGAACGUGGAGGUUAAGAUGAGCAACAUAUAUCAGAUCCAGCUCCGUCACAGUGAAGGAGAAUGGUUCAUGUCUAUUUUAAUUUUCUGUCCAGAGAGGUGGCAUUCCGAUGGUGUUGUCUAUCCCACGCCUGCCUGGCUGGGAGAAGAGCUGCUGGCCAGGUUGGCCAGGUGGGCUGUGGAGAACAGGAAGAGUGAGUUUAAAAGCACACUUUCCCUCGUGUCUGUCACGCGCUACAGCAGGAUGUACCAGGAACUCAAAGAGAAGUACAGAGACAUGGUUAAGGUUUGGCCUGAAGUAACGGAUCCUGCAAAGUUUGUCUAUGAAGAUGUGGCCAUUGCUACGUACCUGCUGAUCCUGUGGGAGGAGGAAAGAGCUCAGAAGAGAAUCUCCAUCAAACAGUCCUUCGUGGACCUAGGGUGCGGAAAUGGCCUCCUGGUCCACAUCCUGAGCAGUGAGGGGCAUCCGGGCAGAGGGAUUGAUGUCCGAAGAAGAAAAAUCUGGGACAUGUACGGACCCCACACUCAGCUGGAGGAAGGUUCCAUUACCCCGAGUGACAAGACCCUGUUCCCUGGUGUGGACUGGCUGAUUGGUAACCAUUCUGAUGAGCUCACUCCUUGGAUUCCUGUCAUUGCAGCCAGGUCUUCCUAUGACUGCCGGUUCUUCGUCUUGCCCUGCUGCUUCUUUGACUUCGCAGGGCGAUACCGCCGGCGGCAGAGCCGGAAGACGCAGUACCGAGAGUAUCUGGACUUCGUCCUGGAGGUGGGGCUCUCCUGCGGCUUCCACGUGCAGGAGGACUGCCUCAGGAUCCCUUCUACCAAGCGGGUCUGCCUGAUUGGGACAUCCAGGACAUACCCACCUGCUGCGGAGGUCUGGAUGGACCAGCAGAGGAUGCAGUAUCUCCAGAGAAGGCAGGGCGGCCUCCAGAGCCCGCCUGGGGAGGAGCACACACCACCUACACCCCAGGCUACUGCCUGUGAUGCUGGUCACCGAGACAGUCACAUGGCUUUGGAUGCUGGGGCUGAGUACGUGCCCGAGGUCCCUGCUGCUGAACAUGGAGGAGGAGCUCUGGCCAGUGGGCCCUGGCUGCCUGGGUUCCGGCCUAGAGAAAAGGUGGAAUGCGUGAGGAAUUGUGCUGCCCUCCCUCGAGACUUCAUCGACCAAGUGGUUUUGCAGGUGGCAAAUUUGUUGUUGGACGGAAAGAAGUUAAACCCAGGAAGCUCUCUGGACCCCAGUGUGAAGGCCUGGAAUGGAGGAGGGAGCCUUUCCCUGGCAGAAGUGGCUGGGGAGCUGAACCCGGAGACACUGCGGCGGCUGAAGCGGGAGUGUGGGGGCCUACAGACGCUGCUCAGGAACUGCCACCAGGUAUUUGAAGUUCUGAACGGGCGAGUUCAUAUUCGUGACUGGAGGCAAGAGCUACAGAAGGAGAAGUCUGAAGCCAGGCGGAGUGUGUCUGCAGAGGCGUUCAAGACACGCACCUGCUGGUUCUUCAUCCACCAUCCUGACGGCUGUGUGCUGCCUGCUACCCUCUGUCCAUUUGCCCAUGGGCCUGGGGAGCUGCGCCCAUCCCAGGCCUUCAAGAAGCAGAGGCAGGCCCCGUGAACCACUUCCUUGAUGAGCCACAUGGCCAAAGGGGAAGUGAUCUCUCUGUGGUGGCUCUGUAGUUCCCCCUGCUUGCCUCCCAUGCUGGUGACCUGCUUUCUGUCGGAUGGUGGACAUCCCCACACUCGCAGUCUGCUGGGUCCGUCUCUGGCUGCCCUGAUACAGAACCAUCGGCCUCUACAGAUGUGGCCUCCCCAGAGGUGUGCGUCCCAGCUUCCCUCUUCCUGGAAACUCAGCGUUGUGCCAAGCUUCUGUUCUGCAAGAGCACCAGGCUUUUUGUGGAGAUCAUCAUCAGAGCCUCACCUGGGCCACACGGGUUCCAGAGUAGGACUCGGGGUGAGCCCUGCUUCCUGUUCCACCCUCUGGGUCCCUUCUGGGACCUUUUCCCCAGACAUGUUAGUUUUGAUUCCUUCCUGGAAAAAAUUAUUUCCAUAUAAAGUUAUUUCUGAUUUUACACGA